AUGACCCAGCCAACAGCCUCUCCACCAAUCUGGAACGGUGUUCCUGAGAUUAUAGCCAGCGGAUCUCCAUACGAAAUCGGCUUCACCCAUGGAAGCCAGAUUGCAGACAGAAUCGCUGUCUGCAUGGAAAAUUACCAGCGUCUGUUUCUUGAGACAGCCGAAGCUGAUUGGCCUGAGUCAAAAGCCCGCGCUGCAACAUACCUUCCCUCCCUAGAGCAGAAUGAACCUGAUCUGGUCGAGGAAAUGAAGGGGAUUGCUGCGGGUGCGGGUGUCGAAUUCCUGGACAUCCUUGCCCUGAAUCUGCGUAGCGAGAUCUCCUUGACCAACUACUCUGACGGUUGCACUUCAAUUUGCAUGGCAAACCAGUCAACUUCAGAGGUCUUUGUCGCCCAAAACUGGGACUGGGUUGGCGAGGCAGGCCUAACAACCGUCUUUUUUGAUAUUUCAAAGACUGGGAAGCCUCGGAUUCGGAUGAUGGGAGAAGCAGGAAUUGUUGCCAAAUUUGGUAUCAAUGAUGCUGGAGUGGCCAUUUGCAUGAAUGCCAUCAGAUGCGGUACCGUAUCGAAAACCAAGCUCCCAGUUCAUCUCGCCAUGCGACGUGUUCUUGAGUGUCGUUCAUUUGAAGAGGCUUUCGAUAUGCUUUCAAAGAAAGGCAUUGCCUCUUGUGCUAAUCUUGUGAUUGGAGACAAGAGUGGCAAGAUAGCCACCAUCGAAUGUACACCCAAGGGACUGGCACCCAUCUUCCCCGACACAGGCUCCUCUGCCACUUUCCACACGAAUCACCUUUGGUCGCCGAACAUCCCUAAAGGAAUCAAAGACCAUCCAUCCCCCAACUCAUUCUCAAGACUGGAGCGAAUCAAGACCUUGAGUGAUGGCCAGGAAGGAAGCAUUGCCAAGAUUCGAACGUGGCUCUCCGACGAAGUUGGCACGCCUACAUCUAUUUGUCGAUCAACGCCACCCAAUACAAAGGGGAUUGAGCGUAUGGAAACUCUUGCUACAAUUAUUGUAGAUCUCAAGGCUAUGAAGGCUGAGGUAUCUUUCGGCAAGCCGUGUCUUAACCCUCCAGUUCGAACUUUAGAGGUGUAA